AUGGCAAAACCAGGCAAACAGGGAAAAAAUAAUGCAGAAAUUGAGUUUGUUCCAGAAGAAGAGCAACAACAAAAACAAUUUGUAAAAGAUAAUGCCAAUAACGCUGACUCUGAAGAAGAAUUAGAGGAUUUGGAUAGCGAAGAUGAAAUUGAUCAAUCCGAAGACUCUGAUGUUGAAAGUGCAGAUGAGGAGGCAUCAGGUCAUGGAGAAGAAAAGGAUAAAACAAGCUCAAUGGCCGAUGAUAUUGCAAAACUUUUAAAUGAAGAGCCCGCUGCUCCCGAGACAACUGAUACUCCUGUUUUGAGUUUGUCGAAGAAGUCGAAAAAAGCAAUUCGCAAGAGUAGCGCCGACAAAAAGGCUGCAAAGUUACGCACCGCUCAUCGCCGCGAGCGCUUGAAAAAGGAAAACGUGGGUCGUGUUACCGACAUUGUUGCUACUGAUGGUGACACAGUCAAAACAUACUUUACACAUGAAAGAGAGCUUCGUCGUGUUGCACGAAGAGGUGUGGUUCAAUUGUUCAAUGCCGUUCGUACUUCUCAAAUGAGAGGAGCUAUGAUGAGCUCUUCUGUUACCGGUGGCAGAACGACUCGUGAACAAAAGGUACAAGAGCUUUCCAAGUCGAGCUUCCUUGACCUCAUUAAAUCCCAAUAA